CAGUUCUUCGGAGGAUCAAUGUGCAUAGCCAGACUAGCUCCCCAGGACUACCACCGAUGGCACGUGCCGGUAAGCGGCAGGUUAGGGCGCAAGGUCACAGUAGACGGCCAGUUGUACACAGUGAAUCCCAUUGCUAUCCGACAGAAGGUGAACGUCUUCACAGAGAAUCUCAGAGUCUGCCAAGAAAUCCACACAAAAGAAUUCGGAACUGUCGUGGCCGUGUGCAUAGGAGCAACGCUGGUGGGGUCAGUCAACAUCACAGCUGAGCCAUUGAGUGAGGUACGGAAGGGCGACGAGCACGGCUUCUUUGCCUUCGGAGGCAGUACAGUGAUAAUCCUGUUCCAGCCCAACCGAAUCAAGUUCGAUAGGGACAUGAUGGAGAACAGCAAGAAGCCCUUAGAAACGCUCGUGAAAAUGGGUACUCGCUUGGGUGUGGCUACUCAACCUGCAGACGAAUGAUUAACGUAAACGUAUUACAAAUGUUCAAAGCAAACGUAUCUGUCUCAAGUAUGGGGCUGAGCUGAUCAUGGUACAAUCCACUUGAUGAGGUGAUCGGUAGGGCUUUAUUAAAAUCGUUAAGGCCAACGUAUGGCAAUAGCAAGUCAAGUAGCAAGUUGAUGUAAUUAUUAAAAAUGACGGA